AUGGCGCAAUCAGCCGUGAUGCCCGUGAUCCCCUUGAGGAAAAACAACGUCCUCUUCCCCGGAUCGGUCAUACGAAUACCGGUACCAGCAAGUCGCUCCGAUAUACCCGCAUUGAUCUCGAGCAUCUACACACGUGCUUCUAAAGGGUCGAGACGAGUCGACCAGAUCCCCGUCGUAUGCGUACCUCUAAUGUCGCCACUGUUAAACCGUCGUGGUCAACCGUUGUUGGAGCUGAAUCCGGACAAGUAUGACAGGCUCACAAGCGUUGACAAGAAUAAUAUAAAGGCGGAGAAGCUAUAUGGCUACGGAGUUUCGGGCAAGAUCAGUGCGAUCCAGGGUCAGAACGGGGCCGAGUUCAACCUGCUUGUGCACGGCGUCUCGAGGGUUACCAUCGAGAAGGUAACCCAGGAGCGUCCCUUCUUCGAGGCGAGGGUGUUGGCCCAUACCGACCAGGUCAGCCCCCAGGAUUUGCAGAGGCCUGAUUAUCAGGAGCUUUUCGGCACUCUGAAGCGCCUAUCGAGGGAGCUAGUAUCUUAUCUCCGUGUGUCGGCGUUUCUUCUAUCCAGCGGUACUGGGGGUUUGAAUCCUCUUCUAUCACGAAGGCUUGAGCAGUUCAUCGCGAAGAAAGUACCCGCCGAGGGAGGCUCGCUCGCCGACUUCAUGAUGAAUGUGAUUGAUGGCACGCUCGAGGAAAAACUACAGGUCCUCGCUGCCGUCGACGUUGCCGAUCGCAUGCAGAAAGUCAUCGAAAUAUUAGAGCGUUCGGUGGACGAGCUUAAGGGCAAUAUCAAGGUUACAACCAUUACCAGUACGAGUGUCCCCGUCCAAGGAGAUCCGGAGGACGCAGAGAGAACAAAUGAAAAGAAGCGGAGUACCUCAAAAGGACCACGACCAGGACUCAAGCCGACCUCUCCCGGGUUCGGUUUCGGUGGCGGAUCGCCGUUCAGUAUGUUUGGUGGAGGUCCAGGCGAGCAGCAUGACCCGGAUGACCUAGCAGAUCUUGAGAAAAAGAUAGAGGAUGCUAAGCUCCCGCCUGAAGCUGCUAAGGUAGCCGAGCGGGAAUUCAAGAGAUUGAAACAGAUGAUGCCAGCACAAGCCGAAUACCAAGUUGUCAGGACGUAUCUCGAAACGUUAGCGGAGGUACCAUGGUCUGUAGUCACCGACGACCCAAUUAGUGUUGGAACAUUGGAAAGUGCUAGGAAGCAGCUUGAUGGUGACCACUACGGCAUCGAAAAAGUGAAGAAGCGUUUACUCUCUUACCUCACCAUAGUCAGGUUGAUGCAAUCGGCGAAUGAACAAGUGAACCAUCAAAUCAAACAGGCUGAACAGGAGGUUGCCGACCUAGAGUCUAGUAAGGGUGCUGCAAAGGAGGGCGCGACGCUAGACCCUGAACUAGAAGAGAAGAUAAAGGCGAGUGGUCUCAAAGUCCAGAUGUUGAUGAAUAAGAAACGAGUCGAGAAGGCUCCUAUCUUGCUCUUGGUUGGGCCGCCUGGUGUCGGCAAGACUAGUAUAGCUAGAUCUAUUGCCACGGCCCUUGGUCGCAAGUUUCAUCGCAUCUCACUCGGAGGUGUCAGGGAUGAAGCAGAGAUCCGAGGUCACCGACGAACGUACGUUGCCGCGAUGCCUGGUUUGAUCGUGCAAGGAUUGAGGAAAGUCGGCGUGGCGAACCCUGUCUUCCUGUUGGACGAGAUCGACAAACUGGGCAUGUCUAACCAUAAUGGUGAUCCUUCGGCUGCAAUGCUCGAAGUUCUCGACCCAGAGCAAAACCAUGCAUUCCAUGAUCAUUAUAUCAACACUCCAAUCGAUCUAAGCAAAGUCUUGUUCAUUGCUACAGCGAACACUCUCGACACCAUUCCGGGUCCGCUAUUGGAUCGCAUGGAAACUUUGGAAUUCUCUGGAUAUACUACGCUUGAGAAGAAACACAUCGCGCUAAGACACCUUGUUCCCAAACAGAUCAAGGUAAAUGGUCUUUCGGAGGAUCAAGUGCGCUUUAGUGAGGAAGUAAUUUUAAAGAUCAUCGAGUCCUAUACUCGCGAAGCAGGUGUCCGUAACCUCGAACGAGAGAUUGGUGCCGUUUGUCGUGCAAAAGCCGUCGAGUUUGUGGAGGCCAACGAUCGCGGUCACCCGGAGACAUACAAAGCAGACAUCACAGUGGAAGAUCUUGAGGCUAUUCUUGGCAUCGAGAAGUUUGAAGACGAGAUAGCGGAGAAAACUACUCAGCCGGGCAUAGUGACUGGACUUGUUGCUUACAGCUCUGGUGGCAACGGGGGCAUUCUCUUCAUCGAGGUCCUUGACAUGCCUGGUGAUGGAAGUGUCGAGCUUACGGGCAAUCUUGGAGAUGUGCUUAAGGAGAGUGUCAAAGUUGCAAGGAGUUGGGUGCGCAACCAUGCCUACGAGCUAGGUUUGACUCAGGAUCCUACGGAAAACAUCAUGAAGAAACGCAGUCUACAUGUACAUUGCCCUUCUGGUGCCGUGCCCAAAGACGGGCCGUCGAGUGGUAUGGCUCAGGCAAUUGCUCUCAUAUCACUUCUUUCCGGACGACCUGUGCCUCCGACUAUGGCCAUGACUGGUGAAUUCCAACUUUCCGGUCACGUGAAAAGAGUGGGUGGAAUCAAGGAGAAGCUCAUCGGAGCAUACCGUGCUGGAGUCAAGACGGUCCUGUUGCCAGCACAGAACGAAAAAGAUGCUAGAGAGGUACCCUCAGAAGUGAGGGAUGGGCUGAACAUCGUCUACGUUAGUCAUAUUUGGGAAGCUAUUCGCCAUAUCUGGCCUGAGGUGCAGUGGCCGCAGGAGAGCAAUUUCCCGCCGAUGCAGUCUCGCUUAUAG